AUCCGAUUGAGAUAAUGCAACUGAGAACUAUGAUCAUGUAGACGUAGAGUUUUGAUAUUUUUAUAUAGGAAAAGUAUGAGGAGCCAAUGUAAUUGCUCUACAAUGUCUACAAUGAGGAUAGUUUUGUAAUUAAAAUCAAAAGAUAAUUAAAAAACUCCUUCCCCCAAUUUGACCAAACAGCCACCGAAGAGAGCCCCACCGUCGGCGCUGAAGAACCAACCUCCAUGAAGUCUGCUGCAACCUGAGCAAUCGGCGCUUUACCUGCAUCGAGGAGUCGCACUUUACUUGGAGCGCCGACAACCCUAGCCCACAUGAAGCCAGUUCCAGCACCGUUGCUGCCGCGCUCGGGCAUCGCUGCCGCUUCCCCUCAAGCCGUCGCUGACUCUUUCCCUCGCGCCGUCGCUGCCCCUGGAGAUGUAAUGGAGAGGUGGCUGAUGAUACCUAUCAUUAGUAUAAGGAAGAUAUUGAACUCAUGAAGUAUAUGAAUUUGGAUGCUUAUAGAUUCUCCAUUUCUUGGUCAAGAAUACUCCCAAAAGGAAAACUUAGUGGAGGUGUAAACCACAAAGGAAUUGAAUACUAUAACAACCUCAUCAACGAGCUAUUGGCUAAUGGUCUGCAACCAUUUGUGACUAUUUUUCAUUGGGACGUUCCUCAGGCCUUGGAAGAUGACUAUAGUGAUUUUCUAAGCCCGCACAUUGCAGAUGAUUUUAAGAACUAUGCUGAAGUUUGUUUCAAGGAAUUUGGUAACAGAGUGAAACACUGGAUCACUUUGAACGAACCCAAGAAUGUCAGAAAAAAUGGCUAAAUCUGUAGAUGGUUAUAUUAUUACCAAGUGUUUAGUUGUUUGGAUUGGAUUUAAGCGAAGACAAUUUAAUUAUGUUGGAUGUUCAUUUUACAAGAUAUGCGAAUGGUUAUUUUCAUUCUUGAGCGGAUGUUUGGUUGUCAUGUUGGAUGUCCUUUUAUUCAUGUAAUUGAUUAAUACAAUAAGAACUCUCUCGAUUAAAAUAUUGCAUAUAAUGCUCUAUUUAUCA